UCGGAGCUGUUGGAGGUUGAUUUGGUGCGUCUCCUGGACGGCCUGCAGGUCUGUUCAAUAGCACUAAAAGGUUCAUCUACUUUAAUGAGUUUCUUCAUGAGGCAAAUACUAACUCAGAGGCGGGAGACUUUGUAAUACAUCAUCCAACACUGUUGCAUAAGGGAAAUUAUAAAAACCAAGUACAGUAAUGAUCUCAGUGAGACUAGGUGAAAGAAGGUUCUAAUUUAUGAGGCUGUUCCCUCACAGGAAACAAUCUUACAUAAUAGAGAGAAUUUAUCGAUGGUAUUAAUUGUUUUUGAUCAUUUUGAUAUGCCUGAUGGAGGGACAGUGACACAAAGUUGAAUUUAGAGAUUUUAUAUUAAAGGUUUUGAGUGCACUUGGUAUUGAAGUCUGAUGUUUCAGCCGCUCUCUCAGGAUCUGUCCGGACGUUUCAUUGUUUUAAAGCAUCACUUACCUUGUGAUUUCAUUUGCAUACAGACUUUUUAUUGGCCACUAGUAAGUCACGUAAGACUUGUGAUUGGUUGAAGUAAAGCACAGGAGCUGGCCAAUAGACAACAAUCCAGUGUUCUGUCAGUGUGGACACAGAUCCUCAGGGAACAUGUAUAUAAAGCCGUGUGCUGUGAGAGAGCCGAGCAGAUUCAGGGAGUUUGAACCGUCGUCUUCAAAGAAUCAACCAUCCUAAAAGGAAUCAUGAUCAUGCUGAAACUCUGGACCCUUCUUUUUGCCAACGCGCUGAUUCUUUGUCAGAUGUACAUAUCAGAGGCUGCUCCAUCCAGAACUAGCAAAGAGUUCAUUACAGACGGAGUCCCGUUACUGAACAAUGAAGCAGAAACGUUGCUGAGAGUAAUUAAAGACUACAUAGAGAUGACUCCAGAUGAAGCAGCUGAGGAAGAAGUGGAAGAGGAGAGACCCGUGUCUAAGCGCUGCACUGGCUUAAGCACGUGCGUGCUGGGCAGACUUUCGCAGGACAUUCACAAACUGCAAACUUACCCCCGAACUGACGUGGGAGCGGGGACGCCUGGCAAAAAGAGAAGAAGUCCAUUUGAGCGGUUUGAAAACUACAGCAAGUCAAACACUGGAAACGAUCACUUUUAACCGCUCUCCGUGUCUGUCUCCCUCACCAUUGUUCAUCCAGCUCUGCUCCUUCACAAGAAUGCAUGUAGUUCCCAUCGGUGUGAACAACCAAAACUCAGAAUGUUUGAACUGUACUUUCACACUUGCGCUUUACAAACCUGUACAACAUAAUAAAAACCUUAGAAAGUUCUGUCAGAUUGAGAGUUAUGUUCCUUUUUUUCUGUCAAGUUUGACUUUUACUUUAUGCUAUUUUAAAACAAAUAAUACAAUUCAAGAAUGAAACCGUAGACAUUUAUAUUCCUAUUCUUAAUAGAAUCAUUUAAAAACAUCAAAGUAAAUUUUUUUAGACUUUUUUUUAUAUACGUUAGAUAAUUCUGCU